CAAUAUACAGUAUGAGACCGAAGUUAUUGAAUAAUAUUCAUAACAAAUAUUUACCAAAAUUAUGCUCAAUCACUUUUUCCCUAAGUUAGUACUGUAGGAUAGUCAGCCGGACUCCCUGGACCUGUGACAUGAUUUUGGUGAGAAUAUACAGUAUUACAGUGAUGUUAUUGAAUAUUUUUGUAAUAUCUCUUUUCGGUGUUGCACUUUGUAGACGGUCCCUGCACACUCGGCUGUACAUAGACACCAAUGUUAUGUGUCCAUCACGGAAGAAGACUCAUAUUGACGUUAACUGGCCUGUAGCCCGUUGUCCACAUUACUACGGACACGUGCUGCGGCAUUUUGGACAAGCUGUGAGAUCUGCCAGGGCUUUCUCCACUGUCUGGAUCCAGUCAAUACAUUUUCUUGGCUGAUUUGUCCUUAAGACGGCCUGGUUAAGUUUAAAGGACACACAGGACAACUCUCUUCUUCAUCUCAGGCCCAUAAGCCGUGAGGUGAACGCUGUCUUCUGCUUUGUCUUCCUGCUGAGACGCCAAGUGUGCACACAGGAAAGAAAGCAAAGAUGAGGGUUUCCAAUAGUCAUCUGCAGCAGCUCGCCAUCUUCACCACUGUACUGACUGGUGGAGGGGUUGGCACCAUGUACUAUCUACUACAGCAGAAGUUCACUGGGUCAGACUGGCACAGAAUGUCUAUGCAGAAGUUGGAAGCAUGUCCUGCAGCCAUGGAAAGUCUAGGUGUCCCACCUUUAAAAGUCUACAACAUCCAUCUGACUGACAGACACAACCGUGUAGAUCAGGACACUGCUCAGAUAAAGAUCCAUGUAGCUGGGUCAAAAACUGGCGGUUGUCUUUAUACUUCUUCAGUUAGAGACUGUAAUACCAACAGGUACACCUCCAUAUCCAAUACGUUUCAUUGCUGGACAAAUCACUGGUAUUUAUGCUACCUGCAGCUGGAGUCUGGAGCAGGCAGUACUGAAUCUCCGAGGAGGACAGACCAUCAACCUGCUGAGUCCUCCUUCAGCAGUUGCCGCUCCACAAACCCAGGCAGCAGGGCAGACACGGGGACUAGAGACAGGUCACUGGAGCUGAAUGCUGAAGUUGAAGGUGUUCUGCUCCAGGAGGUGCUGAAUAGAAGUCUAACUAUCCACUAUCAGCUCCACCAUCAUUUGUGAAGAGCCAACAGUUCGUUUUGAUGCACAGCUCAGUGAGUGUCAUUGUGCUUCUCCCUGGCUUCUCCGGUUGUUGUGUUCUGUUUUGAAUAAAUAAUUCAUAUUAUUGCACUUACCA